AUGCAACGAUUCUAUAAAGUAUUGGAUUUACCAAAACCAAAGCAAUACUCAGCACUAUACAAGGCAUAUUGUAUGCAAAAGAUCUAUUUAUAUAACACUGAAAAGAUCACUUUUAUUACAAGCAAAUAUGGAAAAGAUGUCACUGGAUCAAGAAUGUUUAAAUAUACAUAUUUAGAACCAUUUAAAUAUUGGAAUAGCGAUGUUCAAUUUGAAGAGAAAAAGAUGAUCAGUGGUGAACCAGGUGUUGAAAUUAAAAAAGUUGAUGGUACAGUACAUUUUAUUGCAGGUCGUGGAAAGACAGCAGAUCAAUUAAUUACAGAGGUAUUAGAGAAAGCUGAUGGAAAGAAGAUCAAUGUUAAUAUUCCAGAUUACUGA